ACACGCACUGCUCACGCUCGCACAUCGCACGUUCAUGGCACGGGGAGUAACUGGCGACGCCGCGGGAAGUAGCGCCGCCGACGAGCGGGGGAGGGGGGAGGCCGCGCCGCCGCAGUCUGCAACGUGGCAGCGGGUGCGGAGGGCCGGGCAGGGGGUGGCGGCGCACGCGCUGUUGCUCUGCUUCACCGCGCUCCUCGCGCUCAAGCUCGACGGCGUCCUCUCACUCUCCUGGUGGGCGCUUUUCAUCCCUGUAUGGUUGUUCCAUGCUGUUGCGGCUCGAUGUCUAUUCUCAUUACCGGCUCCAUCACCUGAAAGUUGUCAACGGGUUCCAUUCCAUUCCAUUGUCGCAACACCGUUACUAGUUGCCUUUGAGCUGCUUCUCUGUGUUUAUCUAGAAGGCCUCAACCACAAUGGUCAUGUGGAGCCUUUCAUCAUAGAUUUAAAGCUUGUGUUCCUUCCACUCUUGGCUUUGGAAAUCAUUACACUGGUUGACAACUUCAGGAUGUGUGGUGCUUUAAUGCCUGGACAUGGAGAAACUAUAACCGAAGAAGCAAUUUGGGAGAGGCUUCCUUACUUCUGGGUUGCAAUUUCCAUGGUAUUUCUACUAGCGGCUACUUCACUCAUGCUUCUCAAGUUAUGUGGUGAUGCAGUUACUCUGGGGUGGUGGGAUUUAUUUAUUAAUUUUGGGAUUUCCCAGUGCUUUGCUUUUCUAGUAUGCAUAAGAUGGUCAAAUCCAAUGGUCAUUGGAGGUCCUGUAUUGAUAAUUCCUAUAGUAGUUUUUCAAGUUCUACUUUGUAUGCGCUUAGAGGGUACUCCAUCUAAUGCACGUUUUAUCCCAAUUCGAGCUAUUUUUCUACCCAUAAUUUUGCUGCAAGUGGCUGCUGUAUCUUUUGCUGUUUGGAGAUUGUUCAGCAGGCUUCUUACUAAACUUAAAGAUGGAACUAUUAGUCAAGCACAUAUUUCUGUGUCUUCCAAAGUCGAUGAGCUAUUUAUGAUGAUACAGUGUGGUUCAAGGCUCCUUCACUGGUGGUCUAUUGAUGAAGAUAGCAAAGAGGAACAGGCUCACUUAUGCUAUGCAAAUAAUAUUGGCUAUAGUACCUUUUGCAGUUAUCCACCAGAGGUGGUAAAAGAGAUGCCAAAGGAAGUUCUUGUCAAAGAGGUACAGAGACUUCAACUGGCCUUGGAAGAGCAAACUGAAAUGGCAAAUCAUAGCCAACAGCAGUGUGAUAGGCUAAGAAAUGAACGGAUCUUGUGUCGAAUUUGCUUUGAAAGAGACAUAUGCAUUGUUAUGCUUCCCUGCCGCCAUCAUGUUCUCUGCGAGCCAUGCUCUAACAAGUGUCAGUCAUGCCCAAUUUGCCGAUUGACCGUUGAGGGCAGGCUAUUUGUUUAUGAUGCAGUGAUGUCAUCCAAUCCAUCAUGUUACGCAGUUUAAAAGUGCACAUGUUGACAGUAUUUGUAGGGUACCUACUUCUGGUGUUGACAAAGAUGGCCCACACCUGUUUCCUGGCAGUGAAUGACAGGUUGUGAAAUUCUUGGUAUGAAAUUAGGAAGAAAGCUAAGAAAGUCUUCUAUUAUCAGAUUGCAGCACAAACAAAACAAAAGCCACGAUGCACAUCCGUCUCCAAUGAUAUGACACAGAGGAAGACGAAGUAUAUGGACUCUUGCUCAUAUAUAUGCAAGCGUGAAUAACCACUUAAAUAACUGAGUUUGUUCUCUAGCCAUAUAUGACAUCUGGCCAGUUUCGAUUAGUUUGCAAACGAGUUCUGGUUAACAGUUGGAUGGAUAACCUUGCAAACAUGUGGAGCUUCAGGUUGUUUAGAAGUUAUUUGGAGUUCAGCAAAUUGGCAAUAUCCCACUGUUCAACUUUGAUGAUUCCAUGAAUUCACACAACUGAGGUACCACCUUUUCCAGUGAUGUUCACCUGUAACGGCUUAUAAAUACAUCUGUACAGAUGCGAUAAUAAUGUCUAUCAAUUUUAUCUCCAAGGC